AUGGGCACUUGUUGUAUUGGCGGUUGCCGGUGUUGCCGCUGUUCAGGCUGUUGCUCCGGCGGAACUGCCAGAAGUGUUUCGCCGGCGGCGAGUCGUCGUCGUCGGAUUCUGGGUUUGUUGACAGGAACUCCUUCAGCAUCUUUCGGUUCUCGUCGGCAUUGGAGAGCCUCUGGGGCGUUUUGGGCUCCGGCGAGGCCGCCGGGAUUUUCUGAUUUCCACCGGGAGGAUCUGGCCGUUGGCGAAGAGCUCGUCGGCGGAAAGGGUGUGGUGGGCGGCGGCGGCGGUGGUGCAGAAGUGGAAGUCGAAGUCGAUUGUGGGUUCGAAGAGGAAGGGAUCGGCGGCUUGGAAUUGGAUGGGGACGAUGUCGUCGGAAUCUUGGAGAUCAUGGGAGAAGGAGAUUCUUGGGCUCGCCGUGGAGCUUGAGGCCUCGGAGCACACAUCCACGGCCAUGGCGGGGGGGG